ACAUAACCUAAAAUCACGAUCAGCAGCAUUCAACACGCGUGUUCCUCAUAAUAUUUUGGUUACUUCAGGAGAGAGCAGGCAGCCAUUCUUUAGGUCUGAAACCGAAUGGCGUGUUAGUUGGAUUUUUGAAGAAAUUUCGGUAGAAAUUUGAGUGUUUGGCGGUGAACUUCGGGAGGAUAAGUGUAGAAGUACCAAACAAGCGUCAAAAUGUCGGAUUACGAAAUGGGAUCCCCGACAAUCAAAAAGGAGAAGAAAAAGAAGAAGAUCAAACAGGAACCGGGGGCGGAGAUUGAGAACUUGGGUGAGAUUCAAAAGUCCGGUAACUUCCAGAUCCAACCGUCGGCGGCCAUUGCCAAGUUGGACACCUCCCAAUGGCCGUUGCUGUUGAAGAACUUCGACCGGCUGAACGUCCGCACCAAUCAUUAUACUCCACUGCCGUUCGGGUCUUCGCCGUUGAAUCGGAAGAUUAAGGAUUAUGUGACGUCUGGAUUCAUCAACCUGGAUAAACCGUCCAAUCCCAGUUCCCACGAGGUGGUGGCAUGGAUCAAGAAAAUUCUGAAGGUGGAUAAGACCGGUCACUCUGGAACGCUGGAUCCCAAGGUGACGGGAUGUUUGAUUGUCUGUAUCGACAGGGCUACAAGAUUGGUCAAGAGUCAGCAGAGCGCUGGUAAGGAGUAUGUGGCCGUUUUUAAACUGCACUCGGCGGUGGAAUCCGUGGCCAAGGUUAACCAGGGUUUGGAAAAAUUGCGCGGCGCACUGUUCCAGAGACCACCGUUGAUUUCGGCCGUAAAGCGUCAGCUGCGUGUCCGUACGGUUUACGAUUCGAAGCUGCUGGAUUACGAUGACCAACGGAACAUGGGCGUGUUCUGGGUCAGCUGCGAGGCCGGUUCCUACAUUCGUACCAUGUGUGUUCAUUUGGGUUUGGUCACGGGCGUGGGCGGUCAGAUGUUGGAACUGCGCCGUGUCCGUUCCGGUAUCCAGUCGGAAAAGGACGGAAUGGUCACCAUGCAUGACGUUCUGGAUGCUCAAUAUCUGUACGAUAACCAUAAGGACGAAACAAUGCUCCGAAGGGUGAUCAAACCCCUGGAGGGUCUUCUGGUCGGCCACAAGCGUAUCAUCAUGAAGGACAGCUCAGUGAAUGCCGUCUGUUACGGUGCCAAGAUUAUGCUUCCCGGUGUGCUCCGUUAUGAGGAUGGCAUCGAAAUGGAUCAGGAGAUUGUGAUAGUGACCACGAAGGGAGAAGCCGUUGCCUUGGCCAUUGCCCUGAUGACGACGGCCACGAUGGCCAGUUGUGACCACGGUGUUUGCGCUAAGAUCAAGCGCGUAAUCAUGGAACGGGACACUUACCCGCGCAAGUGGGGCCUGGGACCGAAGGCUUCGAUGAAGAAGCAGCUGAUUGCCAGCGGAAAGUUAGACAAGUAUGGCAAACCGAACGAUAAGACCCCGAAGGAGUGGUUGACCGGAUACGUAGACUUCAACAAACCGGCAGCGCCGGGCAAGGACACGAACGGAAACGGUGCGGCGGCAGCGGAGGGAGAGGACGAAUUCGCCGGAGGAAAGCGCAAAUUGAGCGUCGGCAGCGCAGCAGAUCAAUCGAUGGAGACCUCGGCCAUGGAGGUAGAUGCCGGUGAAAAGAAGAAAAAGAAAAAGAAGAAGCAUAAGAAGGACGAUGAAGCACCGGAGGCUCCAGAAACUUCCGAAGCCGUCGAGGUUGAAGCCACCGAAGAGGUGUCCGAAACCAAGAAAAAGAAGAAGAAGAAGGACAAAAAGCAGGAGGAAGAAGCCGAAUAACGCGUUUCCGACCAAAAUCUCGCAUCUGAUCACCAUUAUUCGUUAUGCACCCUGGAAAGAGAUCAGGGAAGGAUCAUUCAUGUUCCUUGUCGUCCAGCAUCUCGAAGGGAAGACAAGUAUAGCCGCCGCGUGGAACUGAACACCUGGCCGCUAAGUGGUCAUUCAACGCGAUUCACGUUGAUUCAUACUAAUUAACAUAGUUUUCGUAAAGUUUAUCGAACCGUGCGACUCGCAAGCAGGAAAAGUGCAUUUGUUUCCUUGAAUGGAAGCUUCUCAUGCCCGGAACAAUUAUUUGUAAUCGAUACAUUUCACUACUUAUCAAAUCGAUUGCGUUUAAUUCACAAUCCCAGAAUUAGUCAUACAAACUUUCAAUUAACUCCAUAAAGUAGCCCUUACGAAGCAUAAAGUGAAGUAAUCAGUUCAAACGCAGAGAUUCGAGACGUUUUUGUUUGCUCGAUAAGACUAUAUGUUAAGCCAACAUACACUUAUGAACGAAAUCAUAAGGUAUCCCCGACACGAGGUUUCUCGGAGGUCGAUUUUUUACGUUCUUAAGCAAUUUUUGUUUUACAUUCAGAAGAUGAAGAUAUAGAACUAUGAUUACUAAAUUGUACAAAAAACGA